AUGGUUCUAAAGAGCGACGAGGUAAACUACCUGGUGUACCGGUACCUCAAGGAGUCCGGGUUCCUGCACUCGUCGUACGCCUUCCAGUUUGAGUCACAAAUAAGCAAGCUUGACCAGGAGAUUCCCAACGUCGAGCCGGGUCUGUUGAUACAGGUGCUGCAAAAGGGCCUGCAGUACAUGGACGUCGAGACACAUUUGAACGAAGACGGCACAGCGCGCACGUGCUCAGCGCCGUUCUCGAUCCUAGGCAAGCAUGUGUGUUCGGCCCAGACGGACAAGGGCAAAAACAAGCAGCACACGCAGGACGACAGCAAAGCAGCGCACGGUGGACACACUUUAGUGCAUGAGGCAAGCAAGCGGCUAAAGGCGCGCGACGCAAACCAUGACGACGAGUCGGAUGAGAUGGACGUGGAUGUGCCGGAUACAGAGAAGGAGUCGCGCAAGCCGUCGUAUGCGGAGCCUGGGAAGGGCAGGAAGGCGCGGAUCAUCGAGCGGGUGCAGAUGCUGCGUGGGCACGGCUCGCCGGUGUUUCUGUGCACGUGGAAUCCUGUGACUGCAAAUGUCCUGGCGACGGGUGCAGGCGACGGCACAGCGCGGAUCUGGGAUCUCUCGAAGGGCAAAUCGGACCCGGCGUACAUGGCUGUGUUGAAGCAUGAUGCGCUGGCGAAUGGCUCACCAGUGGAUGUCACAGCACUGGUGUGGAACCCGCAGGGCUCGCUGCUGGCCACUGCCAGCUUUGCCGGCCAGCUGUGCGUGUGGGCAGGCUCAGGCGAGCCCAAACACGCCUUUGCCCCGCGGGCCGUGCCCAUUAUUGCACUGCGGUGGAACAAGAAGGGGAACUAUUUGCUCAGCGCGUACCUGGAUGGCAUCGCCCUGGACAUCGACUGGAACGACAACACGACGUUUGCGUCGUGCUCUGCGGACAAGUCCAUCUUGGUGUGGCGGGUCGGCGAGUCGGCGCCCAUACGGUCGUUUGUGGGCCACACGGGCGACGUCAAUUCGAUCAAAUGGCACCCGGGCGGAAAGUACCUCGCCAGCUCGUCCGAUGAUGGAACCGUCAAGGUCUGGUCCAUGGCCAGCGACACGCCUGUGCAUGACUUUGUCGGCCACGCGCAGCAAGUAUAUGCAGUGAAAUGGCUGCCGCGUGUCGACAAGGCCAUUGUCGCAUCGGCGUCGUUUGACGGCACCGUGCGGCCCGUGCAUUGCUUUACGUUCAGUGCCGACGGGCGGUACCUGGCCAGCGGGUCGUUCGACAAGAAGGUGCGUGUGUGGAGUAUCAAGGAUGGCACGCUGUUCAAGACCUUUGCCGCCGAGGAUGGCAUACAUGACGUGCAGUGGGCCAGCAAGGGAAAGAUUGCCGCCGCCAUUGCCAACAAUGUUGUGGCGGUGUUUGAUCCAAUGUUGUGA